UCAGGGAAGAGGCGUUUGGCAGAAGCGAGUUCUCGGACUAGGUUUUCAUUUGAGCGAAGUUUUGGAGCUCUGAGAAUUUACGUAGCUGACAGGCCCUCCUGUCUCAGCACCCACUUUUUCUCUCUGCAACUGCGGUGUUCCCGGUGACAAAGCUCAUGACGGUUGCUGACGGUGGCACUUUAUCGCUCGUCAUGCCUGUCCGAGCAGAGUACCGCGGCACCACCCGAUCGGCCUGCCCAUCCUCGGCCUCUCUCGUCCCCCCUGCCCCGAUCAACACCCACCAGCCGGGGGUGGCCACCUCGCUUCUGUACAGCGGCGCACAGUUUCGUGGAUACCAGAAGAGUAAAGGCAACUCGUACGACGUUGAGGUGGUCUUGCAGCAUGUGACUGUAGAGGACUCGUAUUUGUGUGGCUACCUGAAAAUCAAUGGCCUGACUGAGGAGUAUCCGACUCUAACAACGUUCUUCGCUGGAGAAAUGAUCAGCCGGAAGAGGCCAUUUUUAACUAGAAAGUGGGAUGCGGAUGAGGAUGUGGAUAAAAAACACUGGAGCAAGUUUAAGGCUUUUUGCAAAUAUGCCAGGAACUUCAACUCUGAUGACUUUGACUAUGAUGCACUGGAAAACAGUGACUAUAUCUUCAUGAGGUGGAAGGAGCAGUUUCUAGUUCCAGACCACACGAUCAAAGAUAUCAGUGGUGCCUCCUUUGCAGGUUUCUACUACAUCUGCUUCCAGAAGUCCACAGCCACUAUUGAGGGUUACUAUUAUCAUCGGAGCUCAGAGUGGUACCAGUCUUUAAGCCUGAACCAUAUUCGAGAGCACAGUAUGCCUAUUUACGAAUUUCGGUGACGUGGCUGCGCAGGGAUGCGGAGUGACAUAAAAGAAGGUUCAUGCUGCCCUGUGCUUAAACGGGAUGGAGAAUCCUUUAAUGGCAAGAAUGGAGGUGACCCAUUUUCCUCACUGGCAAGGAAAAACACAGCUGGUCAGACACUCUUCUGCUGGACUGCUAGAAAGAAGGCACAGAUGAAGAACCAUAAGGAAGAUCUGUGAGACGUGGAAUUUUCUCACAGUUGCUGCGGCAGAUUGAAAUUUGUUUUCUGGUUUUGUUUGUUUUUCCUGCACUUGUUUAAAAAAAAAAAAAAAAAAAAAAAAAAUUCCUCAGUAGUUCAAAACAGAUUUCCUCCAUUUGUUUCUGUUAAGACAAAGUGUUGCUUUUAAAAGUUGGGGGGAAAAAAGAGUAAAGCUUAAUAUAUUUAUCUUAUUUGAAAGAUACAAAAUCUUUGAGGACCUGUGAUGAUUAACGAGUUAGACGCGCAACAAGCAGAGAUGCAUGAGAGCUUUUAUGCAGGUUCUAUAUGAUCAGGGAUGGUAUGCUGCUGUAAUGUUCAGGCAAUAUGUAUUUUAGUAAUCCUGAUAUGGAUGAGCUGGAAAUGAGUGAAAACCUUGUUUGUAAAAAGCUGCAGCUUUUUGAAAAAUCAUCUCAACUUUGUAAAGUGUUUAUCUAUGCAAGCCAAAGAUUAAUAAUGGGUCGAAUUUCUUACACCACUUAAUUUUAGUUUUUAUUUUAAUUUUCAGAUCACUUCUGUUUAAGGGAGAUUUAUUUAUUUUAAAUCAGGAGUAAAAUGUAAGGGGGGGUUAAUUAUACUAACCAUCAACCUGAAGCACAGCAACUGUAACCAGUGACUCAUAAUCUAGUUGAGAUUGAAAGUUUUUUGGGGGCUUUGUGCCAAGUAAAAUAUUUCUGGGAAGAGUUUGGAAAACUUCAGA